AAGGGCUCUACAUUGUUCGCAAUGGCGAAGUGGAUGGGAUAAUGGAGCGGCGUCCCUCUAAGCGAAGAAGAGCGCGCUCCGCACAUCACGUCCUUCCUGGCACUUCCUGAGGACGCGCGUUCACUUCAUGCUCACAGGCGUGACAUGGAGGGACAGCAAUAGGCGGGGGGUGUAUGGAGACGGGCGUGCCGCUACGUGUCCAGCAGCAGCACCAGCAGCACCAGCAGCAGCAGUAGGACUAGGAGCAGCGGCGGCGGCAGCAGCAGCAGCAGCAGGAGAAGACCCCCCACGGUCGGAGGCUUUUCUAGCAUGAGUGGGAGCGUGUCCAGCGGUGCGCGCGGUGCCGCGCUGUGACGGAGCAGGGCUGCCGUGGGCAGGAGGCGCUGAGUGCGGCGGCUCCACACCGAGCGCUGCUGCUGUGGGACGCGGUUCGGCCAAGCCAAGGCGCGGGCGAUGGCGGCCAGGGGUCGCAGGGCAUGGUUCAGUGUCCUGCUGGGGCUCGUGCUCGGCUUCACGCUCGCCUCCAGGCUCAUUCUGCCGCGCGCCGCCGAGCUCAAGAAGGCGGCACAGAAGCGUAGGGCGAGCGCGACCGGCUGCGGCAGCGCGCACGGGCUCUCCGCGAGGGAGCGCGGCGGCGGCGGCGGCGGUGGGGGCGCGCCUCGCUGGGACGCGCACGGUAGCGGACCGCCGGACGCGCUGCAUGCUGUUCACAGCUCCAACAGUUUCCUCUUCGUCGGGGUCAUGACCGCGCAGAAGUACCUGAGGAGUCGCGCCGUGGCCGCGCACAGGACCUGGGCUCAGACCAUUCCGGGCAGGGUCGAGUUCUUCUCCAGCGAAGGCUCGGACACCUCCAUCCCCAUUCCCAUUGUGGCGCUGAAGAACGUGGACGACUCCUACCCUCCGCAGAAGAAGUCCUUCAUGAUGCUCAAGUACAUGCACGACCACUACCUGGAGAAGUUUGAGUGGUUCAUGCGGGCCGACGACGACGUCUACGUCAAGGGCGACCGACUGGAGGCCUUCCUGCGCAGCCUCAACAGCAGCGCGCCGCUCCUCCUGGGCCAGACGGGCAUGGGCGCCCGCGACGAACUGGGCAAGCUGGCGCUCGAGCCCGGAGAGAACUUCUGCAUGGGGGGGCCGGGCGUGAUCAUGAGCCGCGAGGUGCUGCGCCGGAUGGUGCCCCACAUCCGCCAGUGCCUGCAGGAGAUGUACACCACCCAUGAGGAUGUGGAGGUGGGCCGCUGCGUCCGGCGCUUUGCCGGCGUGCAGUGCGUCUGGUCCUACGAGAUGCAACAGCUGUUCUAUGAAAACUAUGAGCCCAAUAAAAAGGGCUACAUCCGUGACUUGCAUAACGGCAAGAUCCACCGUGCCAUCACACUGCACCCCAACAAGAACCCUCCCUACCAGUACCGGCUGCACAGCUACCUGCUGAGCCGCAAGAUCGCCGAGCUGCGGCACCGCACCAUCCAGUUGCACCGCGAGAUCGUGCAGAUGAGCCGCUACAGCAGCACCGAGGUACACAAGGAGGACCUGCAGCUGGGCAUGCCACCCUCCUUCAUGAGGUUCCACCCACACCAGCGUGAGGAUGUCCUAGAGUGGGAGUUCAUCACCGGGAAGUACAUCUUCUCCCCCGCUGAUGGGCAACCCCCACGCCGGGGGAUAGACUCCUCACAGAAGAUGGCCCUGGAUGACAUCAUAAUGCAAGUCAUGGAAAUGAUCAACGCCAACGCAAAGACCAGAGGCCGUGUUAUUGACUUUAAGGAGAUCCAGUAUGGCUACCGCCGAGUCAACCCUAUGUUUGGCGCCGAGUAUGUGUUGGACCUGCUGAUGCUGUACAAGAAGCACAAAGGGAAGGCCAUGACUGUUCCUGUCAGGAGACAUGCCUACCUGCAGCAGACUUUCAGUAAGAUACAGUUUUGGGAAGAGGAAGAAAUGGAUGCUAGAGGCUGGGCUGGUAGGAUCAACCAGGAAUCGGACUCGCUCUCCUUCCUCUCCAACUCCCUUAAGAUGUUUGUGCCGUUCAAACUCGGCACUUCCAGAUCUGACCUCAAGGAGCCCAAAGAGAAGAAGGUCAACAUUCUGGUGCCUCUCAUGGGGCGGUACGAAAUCUUUGUGCGGUUCAUGGCCAAUUUUGAGAAGGUCUGUCUCAUCCCUAACCAGAACGUCAAGCUGCUGAUCCUGCUUUUCAGCAUGGACAACAACACAGAAAGAGUGAAGCACAUCGAGCUGAUGAGAGAAUACCAUGUAAAGUACCCCAAGGCUGAGCUGGAGAUCAGGCCAGUGUCAGGACCCUUCUCCCGUGCUCUGGCUCUGGAAAUAGGCUCCUCCCACUUCUCCAACGAUUCCUUACUUUUCUACUGUGAUGUUGACCUACUGUUUACAGCUGAUUUCUUGCAGAGGUGUAGAGCCAACACAAUCCUGGGAGAGCAGACGUACUUUCCAAUCAUUUUCAGCCAGUAUGACCCUAAGGUGGUCUACGCAGGAAAAGUUCCUAGCGACAACCACUAUGUGUUCACUCCAAAAACUGGGCUGUGGAGACAUUUUGGGUUUGGUAUUGUUUGUGUAUAUAAAGUAGACUCAGUAAGAGCAGGUGGUUUUGAUAUCUCCAUCCAGGGAUGGGGUUUAGAGGACGUGGACCUUUUUAAUAAAUUUGUCCAAUCAGGGAUUAGACUGUUCAGAAGCACAGACACUGGCAUUGUGCACGUUCAUCACCCUAUCAUAUGUGACCCAAAUCUUGAUCCAAAACAGUAUAAAAUGUGCUUGGGUUCGAAAGCAUCUUCGUAUGGGUCGACACAGCAGCUGGCUGAACUGUGGCUCGAGAAGAAUGACCCUGGAUUCAGGGAAAUCAGCAGUAGUAAUAAUGGAUCAACAAGAACAGUGUGAACCAACCACAAUGGACCUGGUGGACUUUUUAUGGGUUUUUUUUUUUUUUUUUUUUUUCUCCUGAGACUACCUAAUUUAUUUUUUAAAGGAUAGACUAAAUGAAUAUAUUUUGGAAAUACAAUUUUUCUAACUAAAGAAUAAACGGGGAUCGGGGGAAAACCAAAAGACUUCUGCUUUAAAAAAAAAAAAAAAAAAAAAAGGAAAUGUAUGGAAAAAGAAUUCAAAAUGGACCAAUGUUUAAUUGGUUGAGCCGGAAUGCAACAAUAAUGAAAUAUACUGUAAAGUCAUUUUGUUGUCAUAUGACCUUUUGGAUAGUACGUCGUGAAACAUUGGCGAGAAAUGUAUUGACAGCGUAAGGCUUAUUGUGUCAUUUUAAAAGGUCCUACAGAAAGUAGCAAUUUUUAUUCCAUUCUUAAGAGAAUGGUAUUUCACAUGUGGGAUUAGGGUAAUUUUCUGAAUGUUUACAGGAUGCUGCAUGAAUUUCAUUCACCAGUGGAAAGGCUGACUCACAUGAAAUCUCUAAACGACAAUGAUAUGUGUAAUUAUCAAGGGCCCUACAGUUGCUUUUGAUUUCUGCCGGUUUUCACAUUUUUGAAAAAGCAGAAUCACUUUGUCUUUAUUCUUUCACCAGAACACAGCUGUCAGAAUAAAUAUCUGCAAAUUGAUUUCAACUGUUUAAUUUAUUGAAUAUUCAUGCACAUUUUGUGUCGGCUAUCGGACGUGUCACAUUAACAAGGUUUGUGUAACCUCUCACAAUUGUGGAUAGUUUUUAUUUUUCUUUGUGCUUACUUUUUUGCUAAUUUUGAUUACCAAAGA